AGGGGAGGGUGUCUUCUCUUUUCGCUUGCGUGAACCCACACUGCUAACAUGAUUAGACUUUUGCCUGAAUCGGAGGAUUGAGUAUGGCCUGAAGCAGGUGUGAACUUCAUAUUUUCUCCCUGGAACUAGGUUACUGCUGAAGAGAUCAAGAUGGUCCCAAAUUACUCUACUGAAGAAACUGUUAAAAGAAUCCAUGUCGACUGUCCCGUUUCAGGAAGGCACAGUUACAUCUACAUUAUGGUUCCAACUGUUUACAGCAUCAUCUUUAUCAUAGGCAUAUUCGGGAACAGCCUGGUCGUUAUUGUCAUUUACUGCUACAUGAAAUUAAAAACAGUAGCCAGCAUCUUUCUUCUAAACCUGGCGCUGGCUGACUUGUGUUUUUUAAUAACUCUGCCACUCUGGGCAGCCUACACGGCCAUGGAGUACCAGUGGCCUUUCGGCAACUGUUUAUGUAAGUUAGCAUCAGCGGGGAUAAGUUUCAACCUGUACGCCAGUGUGUUCCUCCUCACGUGCCUCAGUAUUGACCGGUACCUGGCCAUAGUACAUCCAGUGAAGUCCCGAAUUCGACGUACCAUGUUUGUUGCCAGAAUAACUUGCAUUGCUAUCUGGCUUCUCGCCGGUGUGGCCAGUUUGCCUGUCAUAGUUCACCGUAACAUAUUCUUUGCUGAGAACUUGAACAUGACAGUCUGUGGUUUUCGGUACGACAACAAUAACACAACGCUCCGGGUUGGGUUGGGUUUAUCCAAAAAUUUGCUGGGCUUUUUAAUUCCUUUUCUGAUCAUAUUAACAAGCUACACCUUAAUUUGGAAGACCCUGAAGAAAGCAUAUCAAAUUCAAAAAAAUAAGACUAGAAAUGAUGAUAUUUUUAAGAUGAUUGUAGCAAUAGUAUUUUUCUUCUUCUUUUCCUGGAUUCCUCAUCAAGUGUUCACUUUUCUGGAUGUAUUAAUUCAAUUACAUGUAAUAACAGACUGCAAAAUCACUGAUAUUGUGGAUACGGCUAUGCCCUUCACCAUUUGCAUCGCUUACUUUAACAACUGUUUGAAUCCUUUUUUUUAUGUUUUUUUUGGAAAAAACUUUAAAAAAUACUUCCUUCAGCUAAUAAAAUACAUUCCACCAAAUGUCAGCACACAUCCAAGCCUAACAACAAAAAUGAGCUCCCUCUCGUAUCGGCCACCAGAAAAUAUACGCUUGUCCACUAAAAAGACUGCUGGGUCUUUCGAUGCAGAGUGAUGUGUUUUGCAAUAUACUUUUUUUGAACAACCUUGUGAACGAAGCAGCA